GCGAGAAUCGAAACCGGGGAGACCAGAGUGGUACCAGGUUAGUUUUAACCGAGAGAUCGUGGUGAACGCGUCUCCACAUUAUCCCAAUUUUUUUUUUCAAAUAAUUCUUACGCUCCACAUCCUCUAGUGUAUCAUAGAAAAAUUGACUCGAGGAAGUGAUAGUCGAUGUUAUGUGUAUCGAGAUGUUAGUUACGCGGACGUGAAUGAAUGUUCGAAAGUAUCGAUGGUGUAAGAGGUCGCGGUUGCGGUUCAUUCGAGUCAGAAAUGAGACACGGGAGCGAGGAUUGUAAGUGGGAUAGGCGAACACGGGAUUACCUGGGCCCUCGUGCACGUCUGUGACAAGAGCAAAUCAACUUGUGGGGAUUUUCGGUGAAAUUUUUUUUGUCAUCCGAGAAGUGGGGAACAGAAUUAUUGGCUGAAGAGGGACAGGUGAUAGCUGUGGAGGUGAAAAGAGAAACGGGUACACGCGAGGUUGGGACAGAAUACGUAAAAUAGUUGUGAAAAGGUCGUUGAAUCCUUGACAUUGUCCGUCGUUAUUGAAGUCAUUGAAGUCAUUGAAGUGGUGAUACGAUGAUGUUUCUGAGAACACUUGUUUUUUUUAUAUUUACCAUAACAUUUGGACGUGCGAAUCUCUUCGGUUUUCCAAGUUUUUCGAAAAUUACCAGUUACGCUAAGUAUUUUGCCAUUGGAAAUAUAACGGCAGCUGCUGCUGGUAAUGAAUUAUGGAGUGGAAUCUUGAAGGAUUGUCGUGGUACAGUGUCAUUCUCCUGUCUCCAGAAGAAUGCAUAUUCGUACCUGGAUAAUGCAUUUGUGGAACGCGACAACAUCACGGUCUUCAGUGGAUUGAUGCUCAGGAGAAAUAAUCUGGAUUACGAAGGUUGUACGAAAAAUUAUCAGGACGAUGUUGCUGAGAAUAUCGUGGAUACUGGGAGAAGGGGGAGAGAUCAAAAACAUGAUGGUAAGGCCAGUGACCCGAAUGAGAACCUGUAUGUGGAAAAAAUGAGCCCACUGGAGGAAAUAACAUCGGCAUUGAGAGAUAAAACAGUUAAGUUCUUGGCAACGAGGGACUACGAGCUUCAAUUACCAGAAUUGUUCUUUGAAAAUUCGAGGAUCAAGAUAAGUCCACGUGAGAUCGAUGAGAAUGGAGCACUAGUUAGAAUCGAUUUUGGACAGAGGGCUGUUGAGGAGCAGGGAAGACUAUUCUUCAAGAAAAUUCGUAAAUUCAUCCAGAACCGGUUAUUGAUGAGCUUCUUAGCCCUGAUCCUGAUAAUAAAGUUGAUCAAGGUCAAGUUCAUGUUCAUCAUACCAUUCCUGUUUGGCGUAGGAGUAGCGAAGAAAAUAUUCCUGAAACUUCUCUUAUUUUUAUUUCCGGCAUUUGCCCAUGUCUUCAAGCUCUGCUCGAGCUACUACAGCUCUCAAUCAAAAUACCACCACCACCAUCAUCAUCAGAUUGCCCAUCAUCAUCAUCACGUUCCAGUUCCUGUACCAGUACCAGCUGCAGUGCCAACGUUCUUCGAUCAUCAUCCACAUCAUGAAGAGGAGUUUGAUGGUUACGAUUACGCCCACCCGCACAUUCAAUUGCGGAAGGACAUGGAGGAGCUCAAGGAAUGGGGAAUUGAUUCGUUCAGCGAACCGUACGAUGAUCCGGGUGUUCGACCAGCUGCACCAGUGCCUCCACCACUUCCUCCAGCCUCCUAUUCCCCCAGUUACACCUCCCCUCAAUAUCCAACGCCUGUGAAAUCGAAUGUGUUGUCUUAUCAAGAUAAACCAACAAAUUACGCAUCACAUGGACAAGUGUUGGCUUACAGCGGUUAUCUCGAUGACCAGAAAUUACAGCGUCGUGUCUCCUCACAGUUAUCCCCAUCGUCGUUUCCACAAGUUCAAAUGGCCAAUUCUUUCCUCCAUCAGACACCCAUAAGUGUCUCUCCAUCCAUUUCAAAAACAAGCGCAAUGCCGGUCAGUCCCAUUUACGUUCAGCCAACCUCCGUAACACAGACACAACGGGUGACUCAACAGGUAAUUACCAAGAACCCAUCGUCUUCAGUUGGUCAAGCCAACAACCUCGUACCCCAGGAUGACACCUUUUAUGGACCAAUUCUGCAGCGUCUCGAGGAUAUAUUCACACAAGGAGGUGUCCUCGAUCAAUCCUGCAGGGAGAGACUCAUAUGCAAUAUGUACAAAAAUCCUUCUCUCUAUUCACCCCACAGCAAUCUUGUCUCCAAUAUCCUGUCAAGGGAUCCACGAGAGCUGAAGCGUAGCGGAACUAAAGCGAGUCAAAUCUUCCACAAAUACAUUAGUGCUGCCAGUUUCGGACAGGAAGGCGGUGAUUGUUUCAAAACCUAUACUUGUCAAUAAAUAUGGAUUAGAGUAGAUAAUUUAACAUGACCUCACCUCAAUGAACAAUCAACAAUAUAAUUAAGAAAUGCGGUAUUUGGUCAUUGCCUUAGGGAAUGUACCCCGACAAUGUCAUUUGUAACGGGACUCGAAGUUGUUCACAAGUCAACGAAUUUUAUUACUCAAUGUUGUACUGCUAAGGUCGCUAAAAUGUUUAGUCAUAACGUAAUAGCUCAAUGUAAUUAUUCUUCUUCAUAAUAUCAUUUGCGCAUGCAUCAGCAACUUAUUGUGGGCAAUGAGUAAUGAAAUUUAGAGGGAAUUAAUGAUUACAUUUGAUUUAGGGACAGUAAUUAAUUUGGGUGGUUGUGUUUUGCUCCGUUGAGGAUGUUAACUUAUCAAUUCAGUGGAUAAAUCAAUGCUGAAAGCGUUAACUGAGUCGAUUAUACUUUGACCUUCGGCCAGUUUUGGAUGAAUAUCUCAAAAUCCAAGUGAUCUCUGUCCGAAACGACGUGAUAGCAGUUUUCUCUUCUCUAGAUUCUGAGACAUUCGUCAGUAAUUGGCGGAUAGUUGAACUCCGCUCGUGCUGAUUCGUCGCAUUGCUACUGAUUUAUAUAAUUGUGAAAGAAUUAAAUGAGGGGUGAUUAACUCGCGAUAUGUGUAAAUGGAAAAAAAAUUAAUUUGAAGGUGGAUUAAUUCAACUAAAAAAAUAUUGCCCUCAGCAGAUAAUGAUGUGCAGAAUAAUUAUUUAUAAUACCAUGAGAGCUUCGAAAUUAUCGGAUAUUUCCUGAGAGGUUCGUUGGAAGUAAAUGAACAUGUCAAAUUUUCAAAAACUGGCAAGCUCGUUUAUUUGCAGAGCACCUGGAGGAACAUAUACGAUCAAUUUCGAUAAUUUUUUUCGUUCAAAUUUAAAAAUAUUGAUGGGGAUAUUUCCCUUCAUUUCUUCAUCAAUUUUCAACACAGAAAAACCACCAAGUCGAUCCAUUUUUCAACAACUACUCGAUGAAUCUCACAAUUAAAUUCAAUCUGUCAAUUUCAAUCAGUGGUUGGCUCAAUCCGAUAAUUUGCUGUUUCACCAUUAUAGACAAAAGACACAAUUAGCGAGAAUUUGUGAUGGAAAAAUCGAGUAGUCUCGUCAAAUGGCAGUUCUAUUGGAUGAAAUUUGGACGGAAAAGAUAAUUAUGAAACAAACGAUGAGUCUGGGUGUCGAUCUGCUUCUAUUCGUGUCAUGGAGUACGCAGAUCAAUAAUUAAUCUCAAUUCAUUAGUUAUAAGGCGUGAAAGUAAUUAAUGUAUUUAUUGUAAGACACAAGGUGUUGAUUGUUUAAUUUAUUGUAACUUAUUUAUCAUUACGUACUCGGGGUGCCAUACCCAAAGAUCGUGAAGAGCUUAGGUGUUAAAAAAGUGUAAAAAAACGAUGUAUUCUAUGAUUGUUGAUCGACGCGUUAAUAAAAGAAAUCAAAAUAAAAAAUGCAAUUUUUAAUACCAUUUUUCUACCCUGAGAGACGAAUAUCGGAGGUUCUACAUAAUCUAUUUUGUCGAAUGCAUAUUCGUUCAUAUGAAAACAGAAUUCCAUUGUUUCAACAUUGUAAAUCUUCAUUUACCCAGUGGUUUCCUGUGGAGCGUAGAUAAUUAUAUAUUCGUUCGAAAAAGUGUCGUUAUUCCAUUGAAAAUAUCUUGUUUCAUGUGAUUCCGUUGGUGCCACCCACAAUAAGUC